AUGGCACCUGUACCAUUAUCCGCCAUUGCUGCUGGCGGUCUCCAAUCACUCGCCAACAAGAUCGGAUGGUCCAAUCACUCCUUCAAUCCCCAGAAAGGACCCAAUAUAUUACACCGUCUCAAUGUAUUAUCAGCCUCCUUCUCAUCCGUCGCUGGAUCCUUCCUCUCCAGAUCUAGAGAAAUGGCCCGAUCAAUUUCCCUUUCCUCCUCCUCCUCCUCCAAAUUACACCGCCGUGAACAGAUGAUCUCGAUACCCUCAACGUACUCCUCCUUCACCUCCUCCCCCGGCGUCGUCGUAGGAAUAGUCAUUGGAACGGUUGGCGGCUUCGUCUUAUUUAUAUGGGUCCUUUUUCUUAUCUUUGGAGGCCGCACUACUGCCGUCGUCGAUGACACGACUACGGUGACGGCAGAUAGCAGAGCUCAACACUCCCAGUCACGCAGACGGCGGCCGGAGGUGGUAGACGUCAUGAGCGGGAGUACCUCUUCGAGUUCAGAUGAUGUUAUUGAAGUGUUUGAGGAGGUGUCGUCCGGGUCGCACUCGCCCCGGAGGACAAAGAGUAAGCCUUCCGGGUCUUACAGGACCACGAAUCCGAACGAAUAUGGGGGCGGCAGAGCUCCGAGUCGACAUGUGCACCAUUGA